GUUACAAUCAGGAGUCAUUCUUGACUUUAAUAUUGCCCGAUAAUUUACUUCAUUCAUGCGUCAAUGGCGAUGCGCUGUAUCUGAAGGAAUACCCUCAAGAAACCCGACAGGGAGAAUCACACAAAAGCGCGCCCAAAUUUUGAUCUGUGAAUCUUCAUCUCUUCUCUCUUAAUUGCACCCAUUUGGAUAAUCAAUCAAUUCGUUUGAAUCGGAUUCAAUUUAGAUUUGCACGAGUCAAAAUCACUCGUCGGCAUUCAGAUGAUUUAGAGCUUUGGACAUUUGGAUGUGAAAAAAUUGGGCGUGAAUUGAGUGGAUCAGUGGAAGGGGAGGUGGGAAGGAGGCGAAGAUGAUGGAGGUGGUGUCAAUCAAGGUGCCGUACUUGAAUUUAAAGCAGGAGGUGGAGUUGGCAGGGGCGGAGGAGCUUCAUCAGCGUCGGUCACAGGCCGAUUCGGCGUUUUCACCUCAUAGGGUUUCCAAUGGCGACUCCACGGAUUCUAGUCACCAUCAGUCGCCUGUUCAGAUCAGCCUGCUCACCUUGAUCCUCAGUUGUACGGUCGCCGCCGGCGUCCAGUUUGGCUGGGCAUUGCAACUCUCUCUCCUCACUCCUUAUAUUCAGACUCUUGGAAUACCACACGCUUUUUCUUCAUUUAUUUGGCUAUGCGGUCCGAUUACAGGUCUUGUGGUACAACCAUGUGUUGGAAUAUGGAGUGAUAAAUGCUCUUCCAAAUACGGUAGAAGACGACCAUUUAUAUUUAUUGGAUCUCUCAUGAUCUCCAUUUCUGUGAUAAUAAUUGGAUUUUCUGCAGACAUAGGAUACAUUUUAGGUGACACGAAAGAGAACUGCAGCACUUUUAAAGGUACUCGCAUAAGGGCUGCUUCUGUGUUCAUUGUUGGAUUCUGGCUGUUGGAUCUUGCAAACAAUACUGUACAGGGCCCAGCUCGAGCUCUUUUGGCUGAUUUAUCAGGUCCUGAACAAAGAAAUACUGCGAAUGCUGUGUUUUGCUCCUGGAUGGCUGUUGGAAACAUUCUAGGAUUUUCUGCUGGUGCCAGUGGAAAUUGGCACAGAUGGUUUCCUUUUCUGAUGAGCAGAGCUUGUUGUGCGCCAUGUGGGAAUCUCAAGGCAGCAUUUUUAAUUGCUGUGGUUUUUCUGACUCUGUGUACACUAGUCACUCUCCACUUUGCAAAGGAAGUCCCACUGACUCCCAAUCAAUCUCGCCAGUUAGCAGAUUCUUCUCCUCUCUUGGACCGUCCUCCUAAUACUGAUUUUGAACUUGCACAAGCUAAAGAUGAUAUGGAGCCCAUCAACUUUGUAUCUGACAACAAAUCUGAGAAUGGUUAUAUGGAUAAUAAUCCAAUACAUGAAGACCGAGAGGGAGUGAAUGACCGAGCCGAUAGCUUUAAUGAUAGUCCUAACAAAGCCGAUAGCUUUACUGAUAGUCCUGACCAAGCCGAUAGCUUUAAUGAUAGUCCUGACCAAGCCAAUAGCUUUAAUGAUAGUCCUGCUGCAGUUUUGGUUAAUCUAUUGACUAGCUUAAGACAUUUGCCUCCAGCAAUGCAUUCAGUUCUUAUUGUCAUGGCAUUGACUUGGUUGUCUUGGUUUCCCUUUUUUCUUUUUGACACUGAUUGGAUGGGAAGAGAAGUCUAUCACGGGAACCCGAAUGGAGAUGCUUCUGAAGUAAAAGCUUAUAAUCAAGGUGUCAGAGAAGGUGCAUUUGGUUUGCUAUUGAAUUCUGUUGUUCUUGGCGUAACCUCUUUCUUUAUUGAUCCGUUGUGCCAGAUGAUUGGUGCUAGACUGGUUUGGGCUGUGAGCAAUUUUAUGGUGCUUAUGUGCAUGGCAGGGACUACUGUUAUUAGCUAUGUUUCUCUUAAUGAAUCGUCACAGGGAGUUCAACAUGUUAUUGGGGCGAGUGAAUCAACUAAAGUUGCCUCGUUGAUUGUUUUUGCUCUUCUCGGCAUUCCCCUUGCUAUCACUUACAGUGUCCCUUUCUCCGUUACGGCAGAUUUGACUGCUGAUGCUGGCGGUGGACAAGGUUUGGCCAUAGGAGUUCUCAACCUCGCCAUCGUUGUACCACAGAUGGUUAUCUCACUUGGUGCGGGUCCAUGGGACGCCUUAUUUGGCGGAGGGAACAUACCCGCGUUUGCCCUGGCCUCUAUAUUCGCACUUGGGGCUGGUGUCAUUGCUACACUCAAACUGCCUACUCUCUCGAGAAACGCGUUUAGAUCAACCGGCCUUCAUUUUUGAUAACCGAUGAACCAAGAAAGCUUGCAAUCCAUAAUGGUCCGUGCACUCCCACAAUCAAUUCAUUUUUUUUUCUCACAAUUUUGGCAAGGGAACGACGUUCGAGGUGUAGAAUAUAUAAUUACAUUACAAUUCAUAUAAUGAAAUACAUGUAGUGACAGGAUAUUAGCUAGGUGCUCUUUACAAUUCUUUGUAUGUGAUCCAUUAGUAGAUAUAGAUGAUCUGUUGUAAAAGGGCAAACUCUUUGGUCUGCCCACACUAUGUCUAUAGACUAUACUUGUAUCAUCUUUCACAAUGCAUACUAUCACUAUACUUCUGUUUACUUCAA